AGAUUUGUAUUUAUCAAUUACCCUCUUCAAAUUAAUUUCAUUUUAAUUUUGCCAGUCGGAAAUUUAAUUAAAAUAUUCAAUAUGUUCUUGCAAAAAUAGUAAGCUAAGUGGUACACGAAAGAUGGAUGUGGUUACCUUCGGCAUCAUAGUAGCCGUAAUCCUGGUUUUUUUAGUCAUUGUUUGUUUCAUAACCAUUGAAGGCACUUGCAAACGCCGUUCUUAGUUUGGUUUCCCCCCCCCCCCCCCCUUUCUUGCUGUUUUCAAUUUUUCUCUUUCGCUUCCCCAUCAAAACUCUUUGUCAUUUGCUUUCAAUUUCACAUCAAGCCAAUAAAAAGGGGAUUUUUCUUUUUUGUUUUAUUUGGAAGGAAAGAAAAUGGUGUUCGAGAAAACACCGAUCUUUUUUAUGGUGGUUUUGGUUUUGGUGAGUUUGGAUCUGUGUUUCGGGAGUGAGCUCGGUAUGUCGCCGGCGCAUGGUGACCAUGGGCAUCAUCAUCAUUGUGAUCAUGGACAUGGGCAUGACCAUCAUCAUCACCACCGCCAUGUGGAGGAGCAGGAGAAGAAGAAGAUAAUGUUGCCGGAGGAGUUGGCUGAGGAGGAAGAUAUGAAAAUUUACGGAUUUGGGCCCUAUCUAGAUGAUCACGAUCACGAUCACGAUCAUCAUCAUCAAAACCUCUCCAGUUUAGGCCUUUGGUUACGCGCAUUGGGCUGUUCACUCUUAGUAAGCUUGGCUUCUCUUGUUUGCCUGAUUAUUUUACCCGUGAUAUUUAUACAAGGAAAACCUUCCAAGGCAGUUGUUGAUUCAUUGGCUUUAUUUGGGGCAGGAGCUAUGUUGGGAGAUGCUUUUCUGCACCAGUUGCCGCAUUCUUUUGGCGGUGCACACUCCCACUCACAGGAUGAUCACGGGGAUCAUGCACAUCAUACUCAUACUGGGCAUGAUAAUACGCAUGCACACUCUUUAAAGGAUCUUUCUGUGGGCUUGUCCGUUCUUGCUGGGAUAGUACUAUUUCUUAUUGUCGAAAAGUUGGUCAGAUAUGUUGAAGAAAGCUCUGGAGGGGCUAGUAGAUGGAGCCAUGGUCAUCACCACCAUCAUCACAAAAGCAAUAAAAAUUUGAAAAAAAAGGAUGAAGAUGCUGCGCACAGAAACAGUUUGCAACCAGUAGGUGACACACCGUACGACUCUUUGAAUGCAGAUAAUGCAUCUCAGCCUGAAAUCAGUAAGAUAAAGAGUUCUGCUGGUACCAAUGAUGGUAAAUCAGAUAUCGGUUUUGCAGAUGGCUCUGCAAAUAGUGUUAAAACCUCGGCCCUAAAGGAAACUUCUCAUUCACAAUCGAACUUGGUGUUUGGCUAUCUUAAUCUCUUCUCUGAUGGUGUUCACAAUUUUACUGAUGGGAUGGCUUUGGGAAGUGCAUUUUUGCUUCAUGGAUCUGUUGGUGGGUGGUCCAGAACUUUAUUUUUGCUUGCACACGAGCUUCCCCAAGAGGUUGGUGAUUUCGGUAUACUGGUAAGAUCUGGGUUCAGUGUUUCCAAAGCCCUGUUCUUCAACUUCCUUUCAGCACUGGUGGCUCUAGCAGGAACUGCAAUGGCUUUGCUUUGGGGACAAGAUCCUGGACAGUCAUCUUUGAUUGAGGGGUUUACAGCUGGUGGAUUUAUAUACAUUGCUGUUGCUGGAGUGCUUGCAGAAAUGAAUAACAAUGGCAAAACAACAUUGAAAAAUACUGCAGUGCAGUUACUAUCACUAGCAUCUGGCAUGGCUGUUGCCCUUUGUAUUUCACUUGUAGAAUAAAUAAAAAUCCAUUCAAGAUGAGUUUUGUCCAAACGAACUCAAAGCUCCUACAAGGACUAAGUCACUGCUUUCUUUGGAUUUCGGGCUCCUGCUCGGUUUCAAGGUAAGCUACCCUCUGUUUAGAUCUCAGAAAUCAGGGAGAGAAGGAUAAAAGCUUAUAAGCUUACCCCUUAAUUUUUAGGACAAAUUCCUCGCUCUCCUUUACCCACAGGUGAAAACUACAUCUCUGGUAUAUUCCCUUUUGGUAACCUGUAACAUUAUAUUGCCUGAAAAAGGUUAAACAGAUAUGUUUUCUUUUUUUGGUGGAAAUGCUUUUUGUCAAAGAUUAACUGGAUUGCCCCAUGCUGUCUUGUUACUUGAAUUUGGGUACGAGUGUUAGAUUCUGGCGCAAGUAUAUAUUUAAUCUUUUUGAA